GUCACAACACUAAUCAACCAUUUAUUGAAUCAUAAAUUGAUUAAUGAAUUUAAAAAUACAUUUCAAUUCAAUUGAAUGAUCGGUGAAUCAAAUGAUGUGUUUAUGAAUGCCUUAUAAUCUAUAGUUUGCUCGCAUUUCCACUCAUUAUCUCAAUCUGUGACCAAUUGUUGUGUGAAUUCAAUCCAAACAACAUUUAAUGUUUGUUUGCAUUCAUUGAACACUUUUGUCUCAAUUGAUUGUCAUCUGAUCCCAAGACAUGUUGGCAUCCAAUGAAAGCGCAGACAUUUGGGUCGAGACGAAGACCGGCGACGGAAAGAGCUAUUACUAUAACGCGAAGACUCGAGAGACCACUUGGACUAAACCCGACGCUAAGAUUGUCACUCAGGAACAGUUGGCCAACACUUCGGCCACCGAUGAAGCAAAAGCUGAAGACAACGGUAAUACCGAACGUAAGGGUGAUCCCAACAUAAUGGCCAACAAUGGUAUGGGAGCACCGGUUAUGGGCGGACCCCCCGGUGGUCUACAACAGCCGCCACUCUUCGCACACCCGCCUCCGCGAGGAUUUAUGCCGCCAUUUAUGCAUCCGAUGUCUCACUCCGUGCCGCCAUUUGGUCCGUUUGGUGGUCUACCGCCGGGAUUCCCAGCCCCGCCCUGGGCUUCACAAUUACCCGUUGUUCCUAUGGCUAACUCGGAUCCGAUUAAACAGCAAAUGCUUUUUGACCCGUCGAUUGAGCCCGAGAUUAGAAUCGCUGCCUCGGAAUGGACUGAAUAUAAGACACCCGAAGGAAACAGGAACAGUUGGCCAACACUUCGGCCACCGAUGAAGGCUGAUCCCAACAUAAUGGCCAACAAUGGUAUGGGAGCACCGGUUAUGGGCGGACCUCCCGGUGGUCUACAACAGCCGCCACUCUUCGCACACCCGCCUCCGCGAGGAUUUAUGCCCCCAUUUAUGCAUCCGAUGUCUCACUCCGUGCCGCCAUUUGGUCCGUUUGGUGGUUUACCGCCGGGAUUCCCAGCCCCGCCCUGGGCUUCGUUGUAUUAUUUUAGUAACAAAACACAGCAAUCCGUUUGGGAGAAACCCAAAGCACUCGUCGAUUUGGACGAAGCGAUCGCAAAGUCACAGAAACAGAUGGAAGAGAAGGCAAAGUUAGAGAAAGAGAUGAAGAACGGAGAGGUAAGGAGUGAGGUAUUGAACGAAGCAAUUAAGAGCGAACACCAACAGUUGCUUCUCGAGUUCUUUGGCCUGUUUUUCCAUCUUGGCCAAGCGCUAUUCUGGUGUGUUGUGUGGACGGGUGACGGCAGAGUCUUCUUCUACAACCCAAGUACUCGCACUUCUCUCUGGGAAUGCCCUCAAGAGCUCCAAAAUCGGUCGGACGUCGAGAAGUUAGUGAAAGGACCGCCCAAACAGUCGGACUCCGAAACCGGCGAAAAGAGGGUCAUUGAGAUUAAAGAGGAGAAACCGAAUAAAAAACAAAAAAAAAUUGAAGAAAACGAAGAGAAAGAGGCGAAGAAAGACGGAACGUCUGAAGCGGAACUGUUGGCCGCCAAACAGCGCGAAACUAUUCCUCUGGAGAGGUUGUCAACGAAGAGCUCAAGAAACCGGACAAAAAGGUGUGUUGUGUGGACGGGUGACGGCAGAGUCUUCUUCUACAACCCAAGUACUCGCACUUCUCUCUGGGAAUGCCCUCAAGAGCUCCUAAACCGGUCGGACGUCGAGAAGUUAGUGAAAGGACCGCCCAAACAGUCGGACUCCGAAACCGGCGAAAAGAGGGUGUCGGCGUUCUCCACGUGGGAAAAAGAGUUGCAUAAAAUAGUUUUCGACGCCCGGUAUCUGAUCCUAACAUCACGCGAACGAAGACAAGUGUUUGAGAAGUACGUGAAGGAAAGGGCAGAAGAGGAGCGGCGAGAGAAGAGGCAGCGGUUGAAGCAGCAAAAGGACGACUACCGGAAGCUUCUGGAGAGCGCAGGUUUGGGUUCAAAGUCAUCGUUCAGUGAAUUCGCUCAGACGUACGCCAAAGAAGAGCGCUUCAGGAAUAUUGAGAAAAUGCGUGAAAGAGAAUCCAUUUUCAAUGAUUUUAUAUCUGAUUUAAGGAAAAAGGAAAGGGAGGAAAAGGCCGCCUCUCGUGAAAAGGCGAGAAAUGGAUUCUUGGAGUUACUGAAAGAGCAGACAUAUCUGGAGCGCAACUCUUCGUGGACUGAAGUGAAAGAGAAAAUUCGCGACGAUUUGCGAUACAGAGCUCUGGACAGCAGUUCUACCAAAGAAGACAUGUUUCGACAUUACGUCUCGCGCCUGGAGUCGAACCGAAACAACGGUUCGGAUAUCGAAAACUCAGAUAAAGAUAUGAAAGAGCGUGAAAAACAGGAAAGAAUUAAAGCGAGUCUAAUGGAAAGGGAACGCGAAGUGAAUCGCGAAUUGUCGGCACAUCUGCGCGAACGCGACAAAGAGAGGGAACAACACAAACACACGGAAGCGAUCGACAACUUUAGCGCACUAUUGACUGAUUUGGUCCGCAAUUGUGACAUCUCUUGGAGAGACGCGAAGAAGACCAUUAAGAAGGAUCACAGAUGGGAAUUAGUGGAAGCGCUCGACAGGGAAGAGAGGGAGAAGCUGUUCAACGCUCACAUCGAUAAUCUCUUUAAGAAAAAGAGGGAAAAGUUUAGAGAAUUAUUGGAUGAACUGAAAGACGUGACGCUCUCUACUGUUUGGCGCGAUAUUAAGCGAGAAAUCAAAGAAGACUCGCGUUAUAUGAAGUUUUCGUCCAGUGAUCGCAAAUGCGAGCGAGAGUUCAGGGAAUAUAUGAAAGACAGGUUAACCGCCGCUAAGAAUGAGUUCAGAGAUCUACUCAAAGAGACGAAAAUCAUAACAUUUAAGUCAAAGAAGUUGAUGGAAGAGUCAGAUCAGCAUUUACUGGACGUCGUGGCCAUUCUUCAGAACGACAAACGCUAUCUCGUGUUGGAUACGUACGAAGACGAGCGCAGACAUCUGCUCAUGAACUACAUCACUGAAUUGGACCGCUCGGGUCCGCCCAAACCCAUCACCAGCUCUGAUCCCACCCGAAGAACAAAAUGAAUCCAUUAUUAUUUUAACAUAAAUUUCCGACAAUUUCUUUUCAUUACUAAAUAAUUUGUUUGCAAUUUUUAUAUCAAAAUUAUUUUGAAAAGUACUUUAUUUUAUCAUAAGUCGCAACCAAAUGGAUAUUUAUGUCAAUUAAUGAUUACUUACUUUCAUUAUCACUCGAUUUGUCACUCAAUUUAUAUCAUUUUAUUAAAAGACUGUUUUUUGAACGCA